AUGAACGCGAUCAAGAUGAUCCACACAAUCGCCCGGUAUUACAACACUACCGAGAGGAUGACCAACCUGUUCGCGAAGAUUACGAAGCAGAUGAUCGCGAACUGCAAGAAGUGCGUGCUGGAUGGGGACGAGCCAGAGAGCCUGUGGCAGAAAAGCCCCCUGGAGCUGAUCAAGAACCUGGAGGCCUGCCUGAAGCUGAACGAGGCUUACCAGGAGCAAUACCAUGCCACGAAGGAAACGCUACGGACGCUUCCGAAAGGCAAGCAGUUCGAUUUCAGCGAGACGCUCAUCUUCGGCCGCUUUGACCUUUUCUGUAGGCGAGUCCACAAGCUCAUCGACAUGUUCGAGACGAUCCACCAGUUCACGUCGCUGUCGCAGCACCGCUUCGACGGGAUGGAGCCGCUCGUAAAGUCCUUCAAGACCAUACUGGAGGAGUUCCAGAUAAAGCGGCACGACCUCCUCGACUACCACUACAACCGGUUCGACCGCGACUACGUCGAGUUCAAUGUACGGAUAUCGGACCUCGAGGGAAGCCUCCGGCAGUAUAUCAACAUGUCCUUCGAGCAGAUCACCUCCAUCGAGUCCUCGCUGCAGCUUCUGGCGAAGUUCCAGCGCAUCCUGAAGCGGGACAACCUACGGAGCGACCUCGAGUCCAAGUUCCAAGUGAUCUUCCAGAACUACGGUGAGCAGCUCACUCAGGUGCAGGACCAGUACGAGAAGUACAAGGCAUGCCCGCCCUUGGUGCGCAACUUGCCGCCUGUCGCCGGCAACAUCACGUGGGCCAGGCAUCUCUACAAGCGUAUCGAGGGCCCCAUGCGGAAGUUUCAGCGGGCGUCCAUCGUGUCCUUGAAGGACUCCAAGAAGCUGAUCCGCAUGUACAACAAGAUGGCCAAGACGCUGGUCGAGUUCGAGACGCUGUGGCACCAGUCCUGGGCGAGCUCCAUCGAGAGCGUCAAGGCGGGGCUGAUGGCCACGCUCCUCGUCCGGCACCCGGAGGACGCCAACCGCUUCCAUGUGAAUUUCGACUGGGAGAUCCUUCAGCUCAUCCGUGAGACCAGGUGCAUGGACCGCAUGGGCGGCAUCGAGAUACCCGAGGGCGCCAGGAUGGUGCUGCUCCAGGAGCAGAAGUUCAAGGUCUACAACCACGAGCUGUCCUACUUCCUCAAGGAGUACCAGCGGGUGCACAGCCUGGUCAAGCCGAUCGCUUCCAACUUGAUGAAGCCCCACGUGGAGAACCUCGAGUUCAAGAUGCGGCCCGGGAUGGUGAAGCUCACGUGGACCUCGAUGAACAUCGAGAGCUACCUGGAGGAGAUUUGGUCGGAGCUGGACAAGUUAGAGCAGCUGGUGGUAUCGGUCAACGACCUGAUGGACAACCGCAUCGACGCGAACUUGAAGCUAGUGUCCUCGUUUUUCGCGAGCUUCCCCUCCUCGUAG